UUGAGUACGCCACACAGUUACCGUAUGUGUUAUCAUACUGGGGUCGCGUUUUAUUUCGGUUAUGAGUCUCGCAUGCGUUGAAUAUCAAGCGAAGAUUUACAGGCGAAAAUUAGCUUAGAAAACGUGAAUAUAGUAGCGUUGUUAUCCUGCUCAUCCUUUCAUUUAUUAUUUAAGUAGAAUUAACGUUUAGCCGCCGCGUGUCUGCACAUUUUCUUAAAUUGAUUUGAUCUGAUAGGCUGAAGAUAUUGUCCAUGUAACGAGAUAUUAACAGAACCCAUACUACAUUAUUUGUCUUUAUUUAUAAAACAUACAACACAUUUUAACAACCAAUCCUGAACGCAACAAAGCAUUAUCGAGAGAGUUUCUUGAGUAGCAUGUAGCUCGGUACCGCGAGUUAUCAACUCUUGUUUUUCCUCUGUCCUUUUGCAGUUACAAAAGCCAGAGUUUAUCUAAAUAUUCGGUUUAGCUGAAACUGAUGAUUUAAAACAAACAACCGCUUUAAUUUAAACACAGACUCGUUAGAUAGCGCGGGAAGCUAAGUGUUGUUAGCCUACUACUGUAUUUACCAUUGUUGUAGCGAACGGGUACAGUCUCAUCAGUUUAAAUGGUGUUAUUUAUUUGUAGCGUGAGUUAGCAUCAGAAUGUUAGCAACUUCCGGGUCUCGGUGAUAUGUUUAGACUGAACGGCAUUUUCAGAGCAGUUCACAGAAGCCUCUGUAGCGCCGCCGCUGACGACAUGGUGAAGGGCAAGUUUUUCUACGCAGUAAGAAAAGGUGUCAAACCCGGAGUGUACAAGUCAUGGGAUGAAUGUAAAACCCAGGUGGACAAGUUUCAGUCUGCCUCUUAUAAAAAGUUUGCAUCAGAGAAAGAAGCCUGGGCCUUUGUCAGAGGGGUUGAAUUUUCUGCCCCUCCUGCAGUGAAGACAGCCCAGAGCUCAGUGUCCACCGUCUGUCUUCCUAAAAGAGGUCCAGAGCCUCUGGAGUACAUCCCUCUGGGUAAGAAGAGACUCCACUCAGAGCAGGAGCAGCAGGAGCAGCAGGAGGAGGAGCCCAACACCAGCAAACGAAUCAAACAGUCCACAGGUUCAUCUGCAGGAAGCAGCAGUGACGGGUUCACAUACAUGGGGGACGCUGUGGUGGUCUACACCGAUGGCUGCUGCACAGGCAAUGGGAAAAGUGGAGCCAAAGCCGGCAUCGGAGUGUACUGGGGCCACAAUCACCCUCGGAACGUGUCAGAGCGCCUCCUGGGACGGCAGACCAAUCAGAGAGCAGAGCUACAGGCAGCGUACACGGCUCUGAAACAGGCCAGACAGAUGCAGCUGAAGAAGUUGGUUCUCUACACUGACAGCAUGUUCACCAUCAACGGUGUGACCAAGUGGGUGAAGAACUGGAAGGUGAACGGCUGGAAGCUGAAGUCUGGAGGAGACGUGGUCAACAAAGACCAGUUUGUGAAGCUGGAGAGACUGAACUCUGAGCUGCAGGUGGUCUGGAUGUACGUCCCAGGUCACGCUGGCUACACGGGGAACGAGGAGGCCGACCGCCUGUCCAAGGAAGGAGCUGUGAAGCCUUAUGUUGAGCCACAGGACCUGGACGAGGACAGUAGUGAUGAGAGUGAAUUUGAUUGACAGGCUGAAGCUGAAGGUGCUGAUCAACAUUCAUCAACCAAUCAACUCUCUUUAUUCACACACUGUCACUUUAAAAGGAACUGAUUUGUUUUAAUGUGUUUUUUCUGUUGAAUGUUGAAAAUAAAGUUUCCUUUGGGAUUUAAAAUCA